AUGGCUCCCAUCGAGCCGCUCCUACCUGGCGCGCUCGCGGAAGACGAUAAACAUACGGAGCACACGAGACAUGCCGGUGAUCAUAGCGCUUGCGCGCGCAUCACGACUCCCUCGUCCUCUUCCUCCUCCAGGCGCAGGUCGCACUCAGUCACAGCAGCCAUACUUUUAUCAACAACAGACCAGCUCGACGAACCCCCACUUUCUCGCUCCGCAUCUUCAGCAAUAACAUCUAAUUCGACCACCACGACCGCCGGCAUCCGGGACAAGCUCGGACUUGGCGGGGUCGCGCGACGAACCCUAGGCAUUGCGCUGCUGCUUGUGGUGGUAUUCCUCUGGACUGUGUCCAACUUCAUGGCGAGCUACAUCUUCUCUGAUGGGACAUACAGCAAACCCUUUUUCCUGGUCUAUGUUAACACAUCCUGCUUCGCCAUCUCCCUCGUCCCGCUCACGAUACGCUACGUCAUGCAGAACGGUAUAGACUCACUGAUGGCUGUGGCGCUCCAGAUGUGGCGGGAGCGGAAACUGGGUUUCACGCCACUGAAGACGGUGGACGAUGGCCAGGAAGAGAGACGUGCCAGGGACAGGGGUGACGAUUCAGGGGUGCGGCUGCUGGUUGACGACGAGGGGAGUCUGGACAUGCCAGGCCGCAAGGACGACGAGAAGCUCAGUGUGGGUGAGACGGCGCGGCUGAGUCUGGAGUUCUCGAUGCUGUGGUUCGCGGCCAACUACUUUGCCUCGGCGUGCCUCGAGUACACGAGCGUCGGCAGCGUGACCAUCCUGACCUCGACGAGCAGCAUCUGGACGCUGAUCUUCUGCGCCAUUACCAAGGUCGAGGGGUUCACGCUGCGCAAGCUGGUCGGCGUCCUGGCGUCGCUGGCCGGCGUCGUGCUCAUCUCGUCGGUGGACUUGUCCGGGGCCAAUGACGAUAAUCGGGGAAGCUUCCCCCACAAGUCGACGGCGCAGAUUGCGAUCGGGGAUGCCAUGGCCUUCUUCAGCGCUAUCGUCUACGGCAUCUACGUCACUGUCAUGAAGAGGCGGGUCGGGAAUGAGGACAGGGUCAACAUGCCGCUGUUCUUUGGGCUGGUGGGCUUGUUCAACGUGAUGUUACUCUGGCCGGGGUUCUUCAUCCUGCACUACACCAGCAUUGAGCCAUUCGAGCUCCCUCCGACGGGCAGUGUUUGGGCCAUUAUUGCGGUCAAUUCUGCCGCCUCCUUUUUCAGCGACAUCCUCUGGGCGUAUGCCAUGCUGCUUACAACGCCGCUCGUAGUGACGGUCGGGCUCUCGCUGAACAUCCCCCUAUCGCUUAUUGGCGAAAUGAUUCAGUACUCGCAAUAUUCGAGUUGGCUAUACUGGGUAGGAGCUGGGAUCGUAUUCAUAUCCUUUUUGUUCAUCAACAAUGAGAGUCAGGAGGACACAGGGGUUAAGGAGGAAGUGGCAGAAGAUGUGGGGAGGUCAGCGGUAUAG